CUCACCACGCCCCCUCGCUGGUACCACAUCGCGCUCUGCUGCGCGUUCUGCGCAGACUAGACGAAGCAGCGGAAGAGAGCGGACCUCCCUCUCUCUCUACACAAACACACACACGCACACACCGAAGCCGUGCUUGUUUUCAACCUGAUUCGACUGCUCCUCUCGGACUUCACCGUCUCCACGGCAACAGCCCGUCCCGCCAUGGACCUGUUGGACCACGGCCUGUUCGGCGCGCGCUCGCCCUACAACUACACCUUCAACUUCUGGAAUGACUACCUGGGCCUGUCCACCAUCGUGGCGAAGAACAAGCUCCACCCGCCUUCCCUGAGCGCCAACUCCAUCACUGAGUCCCUGAAGGCCACGCUGGGUCUGGACGACUCGCCGCUCUGCGCGUGCGUAACCGGGCACGGUGGCGGAGGAGACGCGCAAGCGGACAGUUGCUGCUGCCGCUGCUGCUGCUCCGGUGCACCGUCCGGCUCCAGCCCUCCACCUCUCUCCAUCUUCGACCUAAAGGAGCGCCUUUCGCUGCUCCGGCCCUACGGACGCCUCCUCUCCCCGGGCGACGCCCCCCCGCAGGCGGAGGAGCGCGAGGCGACGUACAGAGGGAGCUUUGGUGCCAUGGAUCUCCACAUGGGGCUCGCGCUGGACCGCCGGCGCAACAAGCAGCAGCCGCACGUGCACAGCGGAAGCGGCGGCGGCGGCAGGAGCGGCAAGCCCGAGCCCAAGGUGUGCGUGUUCUGCCGUAACAACGGCGCGCCGGAGGAGGUGUACGGCUCUCACAUCCUGAAGACUGCGGACGGCAGGGUUCUCUGCCCCAUCCUGCGCGCGUACACCUGCCCGCUGUGCAGCGCCAACGGGGACCACGCGCACACCAUCAAGUACUGCCCGCUGUCGCGAGACCACCCGAGCCAGCGCGCGGCGAAGGGGGCGAGAACGGUCCAUCACAAGAGGCUCGCGAUAUUCUAGACGGGGGGGGGGGGGGGGGGAAUGAAUGAAGGAGAAGUUGGUUUUAUUCGGAAUUUGAACGCUUGUUCGACGUCACGUAGGCCUACCAUCUGGUUUAUCGGAUGCACACGACAAGUCGGGUGAAGUAGGCCUCUAUUAAAGGCUGUUAAACUCGAGUCUACUUUAUUUUCUGUUCCUUUUUUUUUUUUCACACUUUAUGACACGUCGUAUAGCCUGGUUCACACGUGAAGCGUCAAUUUUUGCGCUUAACUCGUUAACAAGUUCAACGGGCGCGUCACGUUUGGAUCACGCGAAAGGACCAAAGCACUGUUCCCACCGACGACUGAAUGAGCGCGCGCUCCGAUUCGCUUGUGCGCUUGUCAAGUGCCCGCGCGCACGGCCGUGCAUGUAAACACGGGACUUUCACCACAGAUUGUAUAUGCAGCUUGUUUUAUAUGGAUGCUACGACUCCAUGAAUGAAAUACUACUUCUUUAUAUUGAGCACAAUUUUUGCGAAAUAUUUUUUUCUACCAAAGUACAUUUUUGUAUUCAAACUUAGCUUGACAGUUAGCCGUAUUGUUUAUAUUUUAUGUAUAUUUUAGCGUGAUCUCUCGGCUAGCUUUUCAGAGAAUGUUUCCAAAUGUUAUAGAAAAUGUUAUAUUCGUUAUAUUCGUAGGGCCACAAUUACAGAGAAUUGUCUGAACUCUGUCUUCUUAAAACUUAGGCCUGAAUGUUUUAGUGAAACACUUUGUUACAGACAGACUGAUUUUUUUCAGUACUUAAGAUUCAUCAUAUGUAUAUUUGAAAUUAUUGUAAAUGCAAUGUGAAUGAUUUUAGUUGUGACGUAGACGCCUGACAUUCCAAAGCCUUGAACAUAAAAUGCAAGUUUUAUGUACAUUUUGAUUGUAAAUCAGUGAGGGGUACGUUUGCUGUAUGCUACAUUUACACAUUGUAACGCCCAUGAUUGAUUUUUCUUUGAAUAUGGGAACUACCUUUUUAAUAAAGUCAAACUAAUUUGA